GGAGACGUCGGCCUUCCUUGUCAGUGAGAACACAAGCAAAUGUCACGUUUAGUUGAACUACCAACGAGUGAUUCCUUCUAUCUCAUGGUAGCUUGGGUGGGCGCUCCCUGCUAUGGCACAUAUCAAGUCAGUCCAAGAAGCAACGAGUAUUGUGCUCUUUAAGAGUCACAGAUGAAUUUGGUCACGCAGUAGCCCUGAGGUUAACGUUGAACGUAGAACGAUCUAUUCAGGUGUGUAUGGCGGUCGAAACAGAAGUCGGAACUUGCCAUACAAGAGAUUGUCCAUCAUCAUGUCGGAAUCUCGCUGGAUCCCGCUCGAAAGCAACCCAGAUGUCUUCAACAGUUGGGCUGCAACUGCCGGACUAUCAUCCAAGGCGCACUUCGAGGACAUAUAUGGCCUUGAUCCAGAACUUCUAGGAAUGGUACCGGAAGGUGUAAAAGCGGUUACACUACUCUUCCCCUGUUCAGGGACCAUUGCGACGAAGCGCAAAGAGGAAGAUGAAAGGAUUGCAGCUCAAGGGCAGCAUUCGAUCGAUCCUACUAUUUUCUGGAUGAAGCAGACGAUCGUAAACGCUUGCGGAACUAUGGGUCUUCUGCAUGCUUUAAUAAACUCAAACGUCACUUUCGCUCCUGAAAGUCCAUUGGCUAGAUUUAUUGACGAAUGCAAAGACAAAACACCAUUGGAGCGUGCAAAAAUUCUCGAGGAGACCUCCUUAUUCGAACGCAUCCACACCUCCGCAGCCACCUCAGGACAAACCACGGUACCAGGAGAUCUGGACACAUAUUUCCAUUUUACUUGCUUCGUGAGGGCGCCCGAUGUUACUGCGAGGGGAACGGAAACCCAAGCCCGUGGGUGGCGCGUCAUAGAGUUGGACGGAGCUCGCAAUGGUCCGAUCGAUAGGGGCGAAUGCACUAGCUUGCUUCAGGACGUGGCCAAAAUCGUCAAAGAACACUAUAUCAAAGAAAGCAAGAGCGUCAACUUCAGCAUGAUGGCGUUAUGUUCUGGACAAGAUUAGAUUAAGAAUCACGAACGAAACUAGUGUGUACAACAGCAGAGCG